AAACACUGAACUGGAGACUGACGGAGGAGAAAAAACCCAGAAACCCUCCUCAGCUGAGACUGUCUCCGGUGCAGCAGCUCAGACGAACCGGUCGCCGCUCGGUACCGUCACAUUCCCGUAGAAUGGAUUCGAGCACGAGACGGCAGAACGGGAGCCCGCGCGGCCCGCACGGCGCGCGGCUGUAGGAGUGAACGGCUUCAUAAGGGCGCGUGGCGUGAGCGGCUCCGUUUCCCCUCCGCCGCUCUCCGGUGUCCGAACCGGGAUUUCUGCUGUGGCGUCGGUGCGAGCUGCCCUGCCGUGUGUGUGUGCGCGCGCGUGAGAGUGUGCGUGUGAGUGUGUGUGUUAAAGAGCAGGCAGGCCACGAGCGCUCAGCUAGCAAACCGAGCGUUACACCGCCAGAGAUGGUCACGUCCACACCGGGGAUCCUCCUGCUGCUCGUGUGUCUCCAGCACCGGUUUAUUAACGUCCACGGUACUAAGACAGAAUGUGAAGCCAGUCAGUUUCAGUGUGGAAACGGCCGCUGCAUCCCGUCCGUGUGGCAGUGUGACGGAGACGAGGACUGCACCGACGGCAGCGACGAGAACUCGUGUGUCAAGAAGACUUGUGCAGAGGUGGACUUUGUGUGCCAAAAUGGCCAGUGUGUUCCGAAGAGGUGGCACUGCGACGGGGAGCCGGACUGCGAGGACGGGUCAGACGAGAGCUUAGAAAUCUGCCACAUGAGGACAUGCCGAAUGAACGAGUUCAGCUGUGGAGCAGGAACCACCCAGUGUAUCCCCAUCUUCUGGAAGUGUGACGGAGAGAAGGACUGUGACAGCGGAGAGGACGAAGUCAACUGUGGUAACAUCACCUGUGCCCCCAACGAGUUCACGUGCGCCAGCGGUCGUUGCAUCUCCCGGAACUUCGUGUGUAACGGCGAGGACGACUGUGGCGACGGCUCGGAUGAGGUGGAAUGCGCUCUGUCCUCCUGUAGUCCCAGCGAGUUCCAGUGUGGAAACUCGUCGUGCAUCCCGGCCAGCUGGGUUUGUGACGACGACGUGGACUGCCAGGACCAGUCAGAUGAGUCUCCGACUCGAUGCGGUCGCCACCCGACGCCGCCGGCCAAGUGUUCGUCCAGCGAGAUGCAGUGCCGCUCAGGAGAGUGCAUUCACAAGAAGUGGAGGUGUGAUGGAGAUCCUGACUGCAAGGACGGCAGUGACGAGGCCAACUGUCCUGUUCGCACCUGUGGGCCGGAUCAGUUCAAAUGCGACGAUGGAAACUGUAUCCUGGGCAGCCGACAGUGCAACGGCCUCAGAGACUGCUCAGACGGAUCGGAUGAAGCCAACUGCAAAAACAUGACUCAGUGUAACGGACCGGAGAAGUUCAAGUGUCGCAGCGGGGAAUGCAUCGAAAUGAGCAAAGUGUGCAACAAGGCCAGAGACUGUCCUGACUGGAGUGAUGAACCCAUCAAGGAAUGCAAUCUGAAUGAGUGUCUCCUAAACAAUGGUGGCUGCUCCCAUAUCUGCAAAGACAUGGUGAUUGGCUUCGAGUGUGACUGCACCCCUGGACUCCAGCUUAUAGACCACAAGACCUGCGGAGACAUAAACGAGUGUCUGAAUCCUGGCAUUUGCAGUCAGAUCUGCAUCAACCUGAAGGGAGGAUACAAGUGUGAAUGCCACAACGGCUACCAGAUGGAUCCGACCACCGGCGUCUGCAAGGCUGUCGGUAAGGAGCCCUGCCUGAUCUUCACUAACCGACGAGAUAUCCGCCGCCUGGGUCUGGAGAGGAAGGAGUACACCCAGAUCGUGGAGCAGCAGAGGAACACCGUGGCUCUGGACGCUGACUUUAACCAGCAGAUGAUUUUCUGGGCCGACCUGGGCCAGAAGGCCAUUUAUAGCACCGUGCUGGAUAAACGUGGGGACGUCGGCAGCCACAAGAAGGUGAUCGACAACGUCCAGAUCCCGGUGGGAAUCGCCGUGGACUGGAUUUACAAGAACCUGUACUGGUCCGAUCUCAGCACCAAAACCAUUUCCGUCGCCAACUUCAACGGCACCAAGCAGAAAGUUCUGUUCAACCGCGGCCUCAAAGAACCGGCCUCCAUCGCUGUGGAUCCGCUGUCCGGGUUUUUAUAUUGGUCUGAUUGGGGCGAACCAGCUAAGAUUGAGAAAUCUGGUAUGAACGGAGUGGACCGACAAGUUCUGGUGGCGACAGAUAUCCAGUGGCCCAAUGGAAUCACUCUAGAUUUGAUCAAAGGCAGGUUGUACUGGGUCGACUCCAAGCUGCACAUGCUCUGUAGCGUCGACCUGAACGGGGACAACAGGAAGAAAGUGCUCCAGUCUUCAGAGUAUCUGGCUCAUCCCUUCGCUCUCACUGUUUUUGAGGAUCGAGUCUUCUGGACAGACGGUGAGAAUGAAGCCAUCUACGGUGCGAACAAGUUCACCGGAUCCGAUGUGGUGACGCUGGCCAGCAACCUGAACGACCCCCAGGACAUCAUCGUUUACCACGAGCUGAUUCAGCUGUCAGGCACGAACUGGUGCACGGAGAAAGGUGAAAAUGGAGACUGCAGCUACAUGUGCCUGCCUGCACCGCAAAUCAACAAACACUCCCCCAAAUACACCUGUGUGUGUCCAGAGGGUCAGGAGCUGGCUGCCGACGGCCUCCGCUGCAGACCUGACCCUUCUACCAAAGGUCCCGCAAAGGAUGAUGGGAAAGCUCUAAUACAACCACCCCAAGAAGCCAACAUCAGCACAUCCAUCCAGGUGAACUCUACAGCCAAAGGAUCUGCUGCUGCCUGGGCCAUACUGCCAGUCUUGCUGCUGGCGAUGGCGGCAGCAGGCGGCUACCUGAUGUGGAGAAACUGGCAGCUGAAGAACCAGAAGAGCAUGAACUUCGACAACCCCGUCUACCUGAAGACCACAGAAGAAGACCUCAACAUCGACAUCACCCGGCACGGCGCCAACGUGGGACACACCUACCCCGCGAUUUCGAUAGUGAGCACAGACGACGAUUUAUCCUGAUCGUGUUGGGGUUGUUUGUUUUUUUCCUCCUCCUUCUGUUUUUUGUUUACGGCAGCCCUUAGCGUCGUUACCGUGCUGACGGUUGUCCGUAGCAGCAGAAGCCCUUACAGUUACGACCACACGCCUUCUGAAGUGCAUUAUGUCAUUACGCGUGGCGAAGAGGAAACGUUAUUUAUUAUGUGAAUACUUCAACAAAUUUACGUGUCACAACUGUUUUCACUCCGCGUCCAAAGCGUUGUUAUUUUUGGGCCACAUUUUUCCGCCCUGCUUUUUAAAGGAGUCCGACGGAGAGGGAUGAAUUUCCACAAUUUAAUCGCCUCUUUUGGGGCUUUUGUGUCCACAAUGAAUGGGGAAAUAGAGGCAGGAUUUCUCCGGAUAAUGUAUGAACUCUGAGCUCUCAGAACUCAACAUGGCAAAUAUCUGAACAUAUUGUGGGACUUGAGGGUCAACGUGAGGCGUCAACGGGGAAAAUUUGGUCCAAACUUUAUUUCUUGCUUCCUGAUCUAACAUUCAGAUGUGAAUAUUUAUGUACGAUCAUGUUUUGGGCAGUAAUAUCUAAAAGCAAAUGUAAGUUUUCUUUUACUUUCUGUUCAUUUCUGUGUAUUAUUUCCAUCAGUACCUCCUGGAGUGCAUUCCUUCAAACUGUCAGUAUUAUUAUUAUUAUUAUUAUUAUUAUUAUUAUUAUUAUUGAAGCUGUGUAAAAAUCACCACGGUUACAGCAUUUGUAAACAAUGUACAUAACACAUCACCCCUCAGAGACAUGACCGUCAAUCAGGACACUCUUCAAUGCACUUUGAUCAAAUGUUUCCUUGUGUAAAUAAGAUUGUAUACGUUUGACUUGAAAUCAAUUUUUUGCUAUGGUUGGGCAUCGUACCUGGGUUAGAGUUCAGAUGUAUUUAAGAAGCCAGAAAAGAUAAAAAGAAAAAAAACACAACACAACUGGAUUUGGUAAAACUAUUUUGUAUGUUUGUGUGCUGUUGCUGUGAACUUUUUCUAGCCAUGUACAGUGAGGGGGAAACACGAUUAAAAAGCUCUGUAUCUGUGAAGAAAACUGAUUCGCAAACCACUUCGGAAUUAAAACCUAAUCCACGA